AAAGAUGUCAGUUUUACUUUGAAAAUCAUAGUUUGACAUUGGCCAUUUAAUAUCUGUAUGACAACAUUCCUCUUGUGUAUUUUUAGGUUUGGAGGUGGCCCAUAAGAACUUGUAUGUCCUGUAUAGUAUAAGAGGAGAUUGCUGUACUGGAUUAUUACAUGUGUGAUGUGAGGAAUAGCAGAGGAGAACAGACCUAUACAGAGAACUUUUGAUGCGUUGGACCAUAUUGCAUUUGUCUAACAAGAAAGUGCAGCAACUUCAUGGACUCUACAGAGACUAAGGAGAGGUUGUUCAUCAGCGAGUCACAGCAUGGUAAACAAGUCUCCAGCUCUCUGGAGAGGCAUACGUUCCAGACAAACAACAUGAUGUCCACUUCUGAGGCCCGGACCACUACAGAUGGGGUACCACCAAAUGUGUUACCUCACGGAAUCCUCCCAGCUGUCCCAUCACAACAGUAUCACUCACACGUCACAGCAAAGUACAACAGAGGGAGUAACAAAAGCCAGUCUUCCAGCUCCAGCCUGCAGCAGAACAGCAGUGGUCAGCAGACGUUCCUCCACCAGACAGACAGCGGCUAUUUUAAUGGGGAAAGGUACAACACUAAGGGAAAGGAAAUAGCAACUGCUCAGAUCAUUGGAGGAGAAACCAUCCAUAUGUCUGGAAACGGCUUCCACAGACAGAGAGUACAUCAGGUGGAGAUGAUUAAUGAAGGGGACAAGUGCUCCUGCUGUCCCUAUGGUUACCAUGUGGACUUAGAUUUUGUAGCAUACUGUGAAAAUUUGGCUGAUGGAUCAGAUCUGACAAAAUUAAAAAGAAUUCAGAGAGAGAAACGCAAGCUAAGGAAGUCCAUGGAGUUCUUCUUACAGCAACAAGAGAAUGAAGAACAAUCGAAUCCCCCACCAGAUCUUGUACAAAAUAUCAAUGUGCAGGCAACUGCAUUCCUAAAAAGUAUUGAAUACAAGGACUCAGCAACUAACAAAGUGUUAGAUGAAAUAGAUUCCUCAGUGGACCAAACUUUACAUUCCAUAGAUUCUAUGAUUUAUUCCACUGAAGCACAUUCCCAGUUAAUUAACCGUAAUGAUGAAACAAGUUCCUCAACCAAUCAACACUUCAACACAUUUCCAAUGUCCAAUACCUAUAGAGGUCAAAAUGUUGAGGAUGAAAUGACCUUUCAGAAUUACUCCUUGGGAAGGUCAGAUUCUAAAGAGUCCCUGUCUUCCAUAGGUACAAUGGCCAGUGAUACUUACAAUCUGGUGCCUGUUAAAGUUACUGGUUUUGCCCAAAUGAGUGAUGGUAAAAGUUCCUCUGAAGAAAUUUCCACAGUAACCCACAUCACAACAGAGGAACUAGAGUACACAAUGGCUACCCAUCUUCCUUCAGAGGAGUCUUCUAUGACAAGUAUCAGUAAAUCCUCCAUUGAAAGCAUCAGAAAAACCAUGGAAAGCAGUCUUCAGAGGAUAAAAGAGUUGGAAGAACAGGUGAAGGCCAUACCAGUGCUGCAAGUCCGAAUAUCUGUGCUGAAGGAAGAAAAGAGACUUCUUAUGCUUCAACAAAAGGCUAGGAAUCAAAAACUGAAUACAAGAACAAUUGGAGUAGGAGAUAACCAUGUGAUUCCACCACCCAGUCCAAAAUCACCACCACUUAAUACCUCCAAACCAAAAGUCAAGAGUGUAGGGGUGGGAGAUCAUAGUAUCACUAAAGUUUAUCUUCUGCAGCCAGAUUUAUCUCCAACAUGCACAAUUUCUGAUGAGAAAAUGUUUAGUGAGACAAAUUAUAUAGAACAUGGUCACUACCAAGGAGUGUUUGCUCCAUUUGCUAAACAGCCAUCUAAACCUCCAACCAGAUCAGUGGGUAUUGGUGAUGGCAGUGUGUUUGAAGAUGGCUUGAAAAUCCAUGAAAAAGAAUUAAGAACAGUCAUUAUUGGGAAAGAGAGUGUGGGAAGGAGAAAUGUUGGAGUAGAUUGUCGUGUACCUACUAGAGAUGUUGGUAUGACCUUCUCACUAGAUGAUGAAAAACCAACAACAAGGUCUGUUGGUGUCAAUGUGGACUCUGAAGCAUGGCUAACUUCCAUAAAUAUUAAAGCAGCAGAGGUGAGAAAGGCAAUGCAGGAAGCUCUACAUAGAAGUGUUAGAACAGUUGGAGUGAGUUGUGAUUUCAAAGCAGAGAAAGUAGACACUGGAGUUCAAUACACUUACCAGUAUCUCAGGUCCAUUGGAGUAGGAGACAGUCCUGUAGAAAAACCUCCGAUUCCAACACGCUCCAUUGGAGUUGAUGCCCAAUGUUUGAUGAUGUCCAAAGCAGUGAACACAGAUUAUGGAUGGAAAGUAGAUUCUGGAACUAACACUGUAAGGUUCUUCACAGAAAAUAAAGCAAUCCAGUAUGAAAAAAAUUUUCAAGGAACCAAGAGCACUAUGACUGAAGGUAUGAGAACUUACCAUGAUACCACACAAACUGAGCACCGCAUGUUUCUGGCCCUGGACAUGGUGAGAAACACUGGCAGUAAUACAGAGGAGAAGAAAAAGAAAACUGUAUCCUGUAGUACAGAUAUCAGUGAGCUGACAAACUCAGACUAUGGAUUUUACAUCACCUACCGGGGUCGCAAUGUUAAUUCUUAUGAUGCAGGCUGUAACACGGAGAAAAAGAAAAUGUGCACCAUUGGAGUCGGAGAUGGAAAGGUUGAGUUUGAGGAUGAACCAACGAUGGAAGAGACAACAGAAGAGGUAACUUAUGUUACCCAGACCCUGAUAGAGUCGGUACAAAAGAACUUAGAACAGAGCAAACAAAUCACACAUACAUAUGACCUUUCAGCAGAAACAGACAAAAGUUCUCUGACAAAGGCAUUGCUGGAGAAAGGGGUGGUAGAACUUCCUCAGUCCUCUGUUAUCAUUCAAGAAAAAACUUGUUCAGAGAGCUCAGAAGAUGUUAAAACUGAGGAAACUCCUCGGUCAUUUGGAUCCAUGUUUGAAGAUGGUACUAUGAGUUCUGAAAGACACGAGUCAAGAACAUUACAUUCCAGUGCCAGAUAUGGGACUGUGACGGAUAAUGCACUUUCUAUCUUGGGAGACAGAACUAAUGCUGCCCUUUACUCUAAGGAAGGUAGUUCAGACCUGUCAAGAUUUGAUGUAAAUGAGAGGUUAGUCGAUCAAAGAAGCAGUGGGAAGUCUGUAGAUCAGUCGGGGCUCGAGUCUGUUGUGGAAAAAAAAAUUACUAGUAAGGGGGGAAAUACAUACAUUACAACAAUUACCACAAAGAAAAGUGCAGAUGGGAUGGACAAGACUGUGUUGGAUAGGGGAGAGAGUGCUAGGAUGUUUACUGGAAGAGCCUCAGGUCAAUCUGACAAUUCCUCUGCUAGCCAGGUGUACUCAGUCUCUCACUCGACUGUUCCUUACAUUGAUGACCAUUCAGAAUCAUCUGUAACAAGCAGUUUUAUCAGAGAGCAGACAAGUAAAAGCCAGGAUGAUGACUUUCGUGUGGCUUCAUCUGAGGAUACAUCCUCUGGAGUGGAGACCAGUAAUGAAGAUCAGGAGGAGAUUCAUGUCAUAACGGAGACUUACUCGCUGAGGGAUAUCGGGGGACUCAGCUACUAUGAAAAGUACAUCAAGCCUGCUGGUGUGAAAACAGAGGUGGAUGCUGCUGGCAGACAGAACAGUUCAGAUCAGAUGUCUUUCGAUAGAAUGAACACCAGAUCUCUCAAGUCCUGCAUUAAGAAAAACAAGUCUGAUAAUGGGGUCAAGAGGGGAAUUACCUUUGCUGAGACAGUAACAGGAGGUUACACUUCUAGCAGUAAUGGGGAAGAGAGUUCUGAGAAUGGGUCUGAUUCGGAGUCGACCACGAGUUACGAGGAGGGAUCCUAUGACGGUAGAGAGGGCAGCAUUGUGUAUCAGUGUAAAGAUGAUGUUACAAUAGCAUCAGGGGCUCCCGGUGCAAUGAUGUUUGAUCAGAAUAUAAGGGAAAUUUUUGAACUGGAGCCAGAGAUGAGAGAGUCCUGUCAAAUUCUUGCCAAGUAUUUAGAAGAUUCCACUGAGGUCACAACAAAACAACUGAAUGCCAGUGUUGAAACAAUUAAAAAACAUUGGUUUAAGGCCUCCAGUCACAAGCUGUCAGACCCCAAUCAAGUGGAAGACUUCCUCUCCAGCUUCAAUGAAAUCUCCAAGGCCUGUCUCCAGUAUAUUGUGAAUCUACAGGACGAUAAUGGUAAUACAGCCAUACACUAUGCAGUGUCCCACAGUAACUACGACAUAGUGAGUUUACUGCUGGAUACAGGUGCCAUUGAUCUGAACAAACAGAACAAAGCAGGGUACACUGCCACCAUGCUGGCCACAUUGGCUUACCCACAGACAGACAGACAACAGGAUGUUAUCCAGAGACUGUUUUCAAUGGGAGAUGUCAAUGCCAAGGCUUCCAAGGAUGGACAGACAGCGCUCAUGUUAGCUGUUAGCCAGGGUAGGAAGGAGAUGGUACAGAUGCUGUUAGAUGUAGGUGCUAAUGUGAACGCUCAAGACAAUGAAGGCUCCACGGCGGUGAUGUGUGCAUGUGAACAUGGUCAUACAGAAAUUGUCAAAAUUCUGCUGGCUCACCCCGAUUGUGAUGCCACUAUAGCUGAUAAUGAAAACUGCACUCCUCUGAAAAUAGCCAUGGAUGCAGGCCAUAAAGAUAUUGGGGUCCUGUUGUAUGCUCAUCUCAAUUUCAAACAAACACAAGUGAAUCUUGGCCUUGUCAGGAAAAAAGUUUCCAGUACUACCUCACCUUUGCCAAGCCCUACAUUCAGGUAGCAGCUCUCCUUGAGAUCAACGUAUAACAACACAUAGAAAGAAAACAUCUGGUUCAGAUAUUGUAGAGAAUGUCAGUCAACCAAGUCAGCCCUACAGCCAUUGCUCAGGCCUCUUGUGGAUGAAACAGGCAGAAUACCGUAUAUACUCGCCUAUAAGUCGGUUGUAUUUAAUAGGCUUAUAUAUCAGAGGGACUGACCUCAUAUAAUACCAUUCAUAUUAUAGCUCGCCUAUAAGUCAGACAUAGAGUUUUGGACAAGAGAUUAACUCCCAAAAAUCUGACUUAUACGCGAGUAUAUACGGUACACCUUGUAAACACUGGUAUCUGGGUGGCUUCUCUUCUGAGUUCAGUUUUGAGGAGUAUCAUGUAUCUUUGUACACCUUUGCACACCUAGCAAAUACUCAUAUCUUUUCGUAAAAUGUUUACAGGUAUUAUAUCUGGCUCCAGAUCAUGAAAGAUAUUGCAAGAUUAAGUCAGAACAUUUUUUUUUUGCACUGGAAUUAUGUUGAAGUUAAUGAUCUGAUAUAAAAAUGUCAUUCUGAAUCAGUAUUUCUAUCUUCAUCUAACUUUUAUCUGCAAAUUUAUAAUUUCAGUUUACAAUUCAGAAACUUCUAACAGAUGAUAUUGACAGUUUGACUUGAGUGCAAUCAUGAUCAUGGGGCCUGAUAUUGGUUUUUAUAUUUAUUUGUUUUUGUACACUAAGUUAUAAAGCUUGUAGGCUUAUCAGGAUAAACUCUUCUGAUGAAAUAAGUUUUUCUGUGUGUGUUCGUGUAUUUUGUUUAAUGUAUCUUAAGUUAUUCCAAGUUGCAUUUUGAAGGAACUUCAUGGCCCCAUGAAUAGCAAAGUUUAUAUCUCACAAAAAUAAGAUGCUGUUGAAGAAAAAGAUCCAUGUAUAUUAUCUAUAAAAGAAAUUAAUACAGAUAUAUUGUAGACAACAAAUUUUUGUUGGAUAACAUUUUGUUGAUUUGUCACCUAAAAUAGAUUUGUGGGCAUUCAGUUUCAUUGUUUUGAAAGGAACCUUAUUUAAUAUAUAGUCAUAUAAAAAUUCCGUGUGGGAUUAAAUUUCUUUGAUAAUUGUUAACAAUGAAAUAAGCAAAAUUUAAUCUAGGAAUAUUUGUGCUUUUACAUUAUAAAGAACAAACAAUUUUAAUCUGUUUUAAUAUCUUAUGUACUGUAUUUUUGCAAGUAAAAAAUUUAAGGAUAUAUGUAUUAAAAUUAAAAUACAUGUACAUGUAUUAGUAAUGCAUUCUACCUGACAUACUAUUCUUAUGUUUGUUUAUAAAUGAGCAAUAUGACUUAAUAAAAAUUGUUAUGUUAUUUAAGAUGGGGUUCAUGCCUAAUAAUUUGGCAAACAUACAAGUAUACUUGUAUUUUUUAUCCACUACACAUUAUAUACUGUACUCUGUCCAUUUCUUUUACUGAACCUUUUGUUUAUUCAUUUCUAUUUUAAAAUGAAAAGAAUGUUUUAUAUAUUUUACAAGCUAUUAUAAAAUUACGUGUACAUAUUUUCAAGGUUUGAGGGAAAAAAAAACCCUUGAGUUCGUGGGGAUUGAAUUCCAUAGAUGAAGAAUUGUUGAGAAGUCAUGUAUGUAACAUUUUAUAUUAUGUGGUGGACUUGAAUUCAUGGGUUUCUUCAUACUGAAAAUUACCACCCAACGAAAAUUUGUGAUUUUGCUGUAUCAGCAUUGUUUCCUUUCAGAGACUAAAAUUAUUUUGAUUUCCAAUGUUGGAAUCUAAUUUUUUGAGGAUCUGUCAAUUUAUUAUUGUUAUGAUAAACUGAAGCUCUUUGCAGUAUGUACGUCAUAUAAAUUUAUGUAAAAGAAAAA